UCGGCUCUUCCGCUCAGGCAUACAAUCUGUCCCGACUCAAUACCGCGUUGCUAGGAAAACGUCAGUAGUGAAGUAGCUCUUUUGUCUUGUGGAAACGUUGACUCUGCGUCAUGGCAGUUUUAAAGGAAGAUUAUCUAGUGUGAUUUAAUGCAAUUUAUCUACAUACAAUGGGGACUUCUGAAACUGCCGUGUCCGCCUAUUAUGAGGAAGAAGAGGAGGAAGAGGACGAGUUAUAUGAAUUUGAGCCUCUCCCUGCACUGUUAGAAGAUGAGGAGAACGUCUCCCUGGCAGACAUCCUCUCGCUGCGGGACAGCUGUCUGUCUGAGCUGGAGGUGUGGGCUGUGUGUGUGGAGUGUGUCCUGGCUCUGCAGAGCAUAGCCCACUCCCCCCUGUUCCACAUGCUCUGCAUCACGCCCGACACCCUGGCCUUCAACGCACACGGCAACGUCUGCUUCAUGGAGCAGCUUAGCGAUGACCCAGAGGGCACCUUCAUGCCUCCGGAGUUUGACAGGACAGGAAACACCUUUGAAGGGCACAUAUACUCUCUGGGCUCCACCCUGGCGGCUGCCCUGGACUUCGUUAUCGAGCCUGAGCUGGAGCCCGACCUGGGCCUGGAGGUCAGGCGCCUGCUGGACCAGAUGCAGCAGAAGAACCCUUCAGACAGGCCUGACAUCCAGGACAUCGUCACUCUGGCAGAGGGGCACCUGCAGUGUACCUCCAUGAGCGUCUGCAGAAAGCUGUCUGCCAUUGGGAGGCGAAUCCUGUCCAUCGAAUCUCUCGGAGCUUUUCAUGAGGAGCUGGGGCACUCCUGGGCGGCCCGUGAGCUGGAGCAGUGUGGGAAGGCCAGGUGGGCGGCGGUGAACGGGCUGUGUGACACGGAGGAGACCGUGAGCGCAUGCGGUCAUCACGCGGCAGGGAAACGCGUCCCGGGCAGCAGGGACGACUCACCGUCGGGAGGGGAGCACGGUCCAGCUCUCUCUGAACCGUGUCUGAGCAGCCGGUCACAGGACAGCUCCCCGGUCCGCAGGGCGCUGCCGCGGUCAGGGAGAGCCAGGGGACCGCUCGACCGCUCCUCCUCCGUCCCCGACUCCAACAACCCGCCCACGCCCCCGCCCCUCCACGUCAACCGCAACCCUCCGCUGGCCGACCUCACAGAGAUCGGGGCGGAGGAAACGGACGGGGCCGAGCUUCAUAACGGACUCCGCGAGCGGGACACGGGCGCGUGGUCCGCCAGAGAGCACGCCGGGACGUGGCAGGACUCGCCGUCCUCUCUGGACGGGAAGAGAGACUCGGGCCCCGAGGAGCCUGUUCCAGAGGGGGUCACAAAUCACAAGGAGCGCCCUGUCUCCCAGGGCGACGAGGCGCCCAGGAGGAACGGCAUGCACCGUGCCGACAACCACAUGACCAAGAGCAUGCUGUGCCUCAACGAGGAGUUUCAAGACGAGUGGAUCUCUCUGAGGGAGCUGCUGAUUGGUUAUUGUCGUCCGUUAUCGGUGAACGAGUUGUGGGCCCUCUGCUACAUCUGCCUCUCCACCCUGCAGACCUACAUCGACUUCCCAGUGUACUUAUGCCUGGACUCUGUCUACAUUGGCUGUGAAGGAGAGGUUCUGUUUCUCAAACCCAAAAACACAGGAUCUUGUGAUCCAUUCUAUUUGGCACCGGAAUAUCAGGAACAUGGAAUUGUAACAGAAAAGGCCUGUAUUUAUGGAGUAGCGGCCAUCCUUUGGGCCACUGCCAAGUUCGGCCUUUCGGCCAAUCAGAAGCUGGCGAUGCCUCGGAAGCUGAAGCGCUUGCUGUUGGAGAUGGCGAAGAGGAUUCCCAUGGAGCGACCCUCCAUCGCCACGGCUAAAAAGUGCUGCUGGGAUUACCUGAACCAUCAUGGGGUCACCGCUGAGGGGGUGUGGGCUCAACUGAUCCACAGAGCACGUCAGGCCCACCACAGGGAUUGUGAUUCUGAGAAUUCCUUGGACAGUGUGGAGAAUCAGGAGGAGUCUUCCCAAAUGAAAAUUGGGUUUGUGGCGUGUACAGGGGAGAGCGGGCUGUCUCCUGUCCCGGGCCCUGUUCCCCAUCGUUACCGUGUCUCCUCUGACCCCCACCUCCCUGAAGCCUUCACCUCCCCUGCCACCCACUUCACCCCCAUCAUCCUGACCCGUGACAGGGCCACAGGUGGCCAGGCUGGGGCCCGAGACCCCGGGGAGGAAGGGUCAGAGAUUGAAAGCCCUGGAGUUGAUGAGUCAGAGGUUCUUCUGUACGUGGACGACUCACGGGUGACCGGGGCGGAGUCCAGGGAGGACGAGCCGCGACACGCGGUCGCCCCGGAGACCGAAGCUUCCCAAGACUGUUCCUCUACGUCCUCCAGCGCCGAAACGCUGGUCAACUCCCUCUCCCCACCCUCCUCCACCCACAAACACACCAUCCAGGAGGUGCCCGGCCUUCCUCUGCUCUGUGGCCCUGCCUCUUCCUGUCCCUCCUCCAAUCAGCAGCCAGGCAGCUUUGGCAGCUUCCUGCUGAGGCAGGAUCCCAGGACAGGCCUGCUGACGUUGUUUCCGGUGCAGAUCUCCGUCCCUGCUCCCAUACCUGGGCUGGAUCUGGGGCUCCAGUCACCAGGGCAGGACUGGCAGGCCAUGGGGCAGAACGGCUCCAUUCUCGCCGCUGGAGUACCCACCAGUCCCAGGGCGCCUGUGGACCAGUCCCCGCGGUCAGACCAGACCCCGCAAGCUCCCUCCUCCCAAACCCCCGCCCAUCUCCCCGCAGACCCCCGCGGGACACACGGCCCUGCCCCGGGGGGUCCUUCAGGGGCUGAGGGAGGAACGGCAAGAAUUUCCUCUCAAGCGUCGCUGCCACAGACUCCCACGAUGCACCCCUCUCUGCAGGCGGUCAUCGUGCUGGUCAGAGAGGAGUUCGCCUUUCAGGGCUAUCUGGAGAACGGCGUGGAGGAUCGAGCGAUGGGGGAGUAUAUAUUCUCCUUGAGGAGUCUCCAGUACGACACGUUUUGCAGUGCAGUGUCUGAAAAGUAUCACGAUCUGUACUGGGAUGAGAAGCUAUUAGAUGCACUUUACUAUGUCAUCAACAAAGGAGAGACUGCACUAUCCCCCAGGGACCCCUCCUGCAUACAGCCCUCUAACGCACAGCCUCCAUCAAACGGGCAGCGCAGGGCGGCCAGAGCGUCGGGCAGAGAGAGGAGAGAGCGGGGAGACGCGGGGGCUCCGGGCAGGGACGAGCUGGAGCCCGCUCUGCCUGAGCCCGGAGGGGGAAGCCAGGCCCCAGCGGGCCCUCUUGAGCCCGGGGCUGAGGACAGGCUGCUGGGUCUGGGUACGCGGUGCGGGAGCUCCGAGGGGCUGCCCACACCUGAAGCGUCACAGACACAGAGCACAGACGUGUCAGUGGAGCCUCAGGUUAUAGACACUUCCCCAGAACCCACUCCACAGGAAGUGACAGAAGGUGGGUCCCUAAAAAUGGAGUGUGUGGAGUGUCCUGCAGGGGGCGCUGUGGAGGCCUCUCCCGCUGAGUCCCCCUGGCCUGCGGGGGUGGGGGAGAGGUGUCUCAGGAGGGGCCAGUUCAGCCAGCUCAGUCUGGAUUAUUCCGAGGACCUAGAGGACACGGACACUCUGGCGUCCAUGGGAGGGCUGCAGGACGAAGGGCGCCCCCUGGGGGCGGAAGGAUGCCGCUGCUCCCAGGACUGGGCUCUAUCUUUUUACGGGGAGGAAUACUUCAAGGAGGACGUGCUGAGGUACGCUAAGAAACUGGGCCAAGGAAGCAAGUCACCGUGCCUGGAAGCCAAGUCGCAGGACAAGUCUUUCUUAGAACAAGAUUGUAAUCAGGAACUUCAUCAGCAGCUCAUGAUCGAGUCCAGAAACCUGAAAAAGACUAGAAACUUCUACAACAGGCUGCUGCACCAAGAGAGGAAAAAUAAAGGGUCAGAUGCCAAAAUCAUGAUCUUGAAAAUAAAGGUCCAACUGGAGGAGAUGAAGACUAAGGUGGAUUUUCUGGACUCUGUGAGAAAAUAUCUGGAGGUUCUGUGUAUGGACCAAUGGGGUCUGGACGUGGCCCUCCUGCGCUCUCUGGCGGUCUCAGGCACCGCCCCUCUGGAGCUCUGCCCCUCUGAGGACCCUUCAGUCCUCUCCUUCCAGCCCGGGACUGGAAGAGGGCGGGGCAGCCCGGGCGGGGCCGCCUCCCUCCAGGCGGGAACACCUCUGGGCCUCAUGUCCUACCUGUACGCCAGGAAUGCCCCUCUCGAGGGCUACAUCCAGCAGUUCAUGUACGCCUACCGUUACUUCUGCACCCCUGAAGAUUUCCUGCAGUUUCUGAAGGACAGAUUCGUCAGUGUGGCGGGGGACAGUCUGGCGCCGUCUGCUGAGCGCUCGAAGGUACUGCACCGCACCCUGGACCUGCUGCAGGCCUGGCUGGAGAGCAGUAGGCAGGUAGACCUCCUCCCCCAGUCCAGUCUCUGCCUGGCCCUGGAGCGGUUCCUCCUGUCCCAGGUGGUUCCGGUAGAGGGCCGGGGGGAGGCAUUACUGACACUGCUCCAGAGCCCGCCCACAAAGAGGAGGUGCCACAUGGUGUCCAGGGGCUGCGGGAGCCCGACCAGCGUUCAGGAAGAGGACGACACCCUCACCGUGCACUCCAUGGAAGAUUCUAGUAGAAAGAGUUUCCAAUGGAGGGUGUCUAGAGUGGUGGAGCCCCAGUCAGCGCAGCCCAAGGAGAAGGCUUUCUCCAUCGCUGCGGCCCUGCCCCGGCCCUGCUACUCCUCCCUGCUGGACGAGCUGAGUUGUGCCUCCCUCAGAACUGAAGACCGCUACCCCUUCUACCAGAGUGAGCGCAGAGCCCAGCACGCUGCUAACCAGCUCACACUGCUCCAACAGGAAAUAUUUCAAGGUUGCCACCCAGUGCACUUCCUGAACUCUCGAGCACAGGGAGUCAGGGACAAGGCAGUGAGCAAAAACCUGUCGCCUGACCUCCCGCCAACAGAGGGCAGCAGCCUCUUUGCCUCGGACACAAUGCUGCAGGAUAGAUACCUCCCCCAACUGCUGAAGUAUGCCGACAGUGUUGCCACCUGGGUUUCAGCCGAAAUCGUCAUCUGUGACUCCUUAAAGGCGCAAGCUGGCCUGCUUACAAAAUUUCUGUUGAUGGCCAAGUGUUGCUAUGAGUCAAGAAAUUUUGCCACAGCCAUACAGAUCCUUGGAGGCCUGGAGAACGUGAUUAUCAAGCAGUUACCGGCAUGGAGACAUCUCUCUGCUAAAGCAUGGCAGAUCCUGGAGGAGCUGAGGACAGUGCAGGUGUUCCUGAAGAGUGAUAACCUGUGCCUGAUGGAGGGAGAGCGCUUUAGGAGAAAGCCCACCCUGCCGGCCGCCCACAUCCUGGCCAUGCACAUCCAGCAGCUGGAGAUCGGGGCCUUCACCCUGGCCAACGGGGCCUACAAGUGGCCCAAACUGAGGAACAUAGCAAAGGUGGUGAGCCAGGUCCAUGCCUUCCAGGAGAACGUGUUCGCGUACGUCCCGGACCCAGACCUCCAGGCGUACCUGCGCCACCGCGUCGCCCUCCUGAGCAACAGCGACAUCGCCCUGCUGGCGGCCGAGAACGACGCCAACUUCCACCAGAUCCCCGCCGAGCGCCACUCCAAGAAGAUCCAGGACACCCUGCGGCGGGUGAAGGCCACCUUUCAGUGACCGCCCCCGGGCUGAGGGGCUCGGGGAGGGGGUAGAGGAUACGCCCCGGAGCUAGCGCUGCAGAACGCUGUUCCCCUCAUUCAUCUCACAGCCGGCCUUACAGUCUGUCUCCUCAUGCUCAGCUUCGAUGCGCUCCGGCGGGUUAGAGGACGGAGCUGAUACCGUUCCCUCUCUCAGCUGAUUCCGUUCCCUCCCUCAGCUGAUUCCGUUCCCUCUCUCAGCUGAUACCGUUCCCUCCCUCAGCUGAUUCCGUUCCCUCCCUCAGCUGAUUCCGUUCCCUCUCUCAGCUGAUUCUGUUCCCUCCCUCAGCUGAUACCGUUCCCUCUCUCAGCUGAUACCGUUCCCUCUCUCAGCUGAUACCGUUCCCUCUCUCAGCUGAUACCGUUCCCUCUCUCAGCUGAUUCCGUUCCCUCUCUCAGCUGAUACCGCUCCCUCCCUCAGCUGAUUCCGUUCCCUCUCUCAUUAAGCAUUUGUACCAGCAGUGAUGUGUACAGAGAACAGGACACAGCCCAUUUUACCCUUGUUCUGUACGUGUUGUCUGUCUGGGUUCAUAAGGUCAACCUCUCCUGCUAGCAAAGGAAAACCAAAGGCUCUUCAUUGUUUCAGUGCUGCUUCAAAAUGGUGGACGAAGGAAUAGAGACAUUAUGCUGGUGUUUCUGUAAGCAUGUCUGAGACAGUGUGUGUGUGUGUGUGUGUCAGCGCGUGCGUGCGUCCAUCCUGAGGUUUUAAAACAAAUUUGAAAGCUACCUUAUAUUGAAAUGUCUAAUAUGACAGUAAAUCUAUAAUCAUAUCACCACUGAAGGCCAGGGUGCUCAUUUCUGUGUAUUCCUGUGAGAUUCUGCUUUAGUUAUUCUGCUUGUUCUUAAUCCUAGUACGAGCUAGCCAUUUUCCGCAUAUAAUUUGCACGUACUACAAAAUUACUGCGGACUACCAAUACCAUACUGUGCCAGUCUGACUUAAUGUCCAUUCUGUGUGAUUGAAGUGAAAUCUGAAGUAUGGGUCUUAUUAAUCUAAAAUGUCUUUUUAUUAUAGGUACAAAAUGUAAUUGUAGUUUACAGCAAAUGGAUUGUAUACUGAAAUAUAAGAUUGAUUGAUUUUCUUAUGAUUUGGUGUUGCAUAUUUCUUUGGUCUAAACAUAUGAAAUGUAGGGAAUUUUGUCCCCAAAUGUACUGCAGUUGUUGAAGGACUAAUCGUUUCACUUCUUAAUUAUUUUGGGAUCAUGUACAUCACUUAAGUUUUAAUUGUGUAAAUAACCACUUAUAUAUUUGUAUGUUGCCAUAAGAGCCACAAAAAGAUGUUAAAUAAUUAAAAAUGAGUGGGAAAAUCUU